CUGUUUUGUAUGCAGGUCAUGGCAAAACCCCGAAAGAUGCAGCAUCAGUUCGUGCCACACAUCCAAUACCAGCAGCCUGUGGGAUUUAUUAUUUUGAAGUAAAAAUUGUCAGUAAAGGAAGAGAUGGUUACAUGGGAAUUGGUCUUUCUGCUCAAGGUGUGAACAUGAAUAGACUACCAGGCUGGGAUAAACAUUCAUAUGGUUAUCAUGGGGAUGAUGGACAUUCAUUUUGUUCUUCUGGAACUGGACAACCUUAUGGACCAACUUUUACGACUGGUGAUGUCAUAGGCUGUUGUGUUAACCUUAUCAACAAUACCUGCUUCUACACCAAGAAUGGACAUAGUUUAGGUAUUGCCUUCACCGACCUACCGCCAAAUUUAUAUCCUACUGUUGGGCUCCAAACACCAGGAGAAGUCGUCGAUGCCAAUUUUGGGCAACAUCCUUUCGUGUUUGAUAUAGAAGACUACAUGCGGGAGUGGAGAACCAAAAUACAGGCACAGAUAGAUCGGUUUCCUAUUGGAGAUCGAGAAGGAGAAUGGCAGACCAUGAUACAAAAAAUGGUUUCAUCUUAUUUAGUCCACCAUGGGUACUGUGCCACAGCAGAGGCCUUUGCCAGAUCUACAGACCAGACGGUUCUAGAAGAAUUAGCUUCCAUUAAAAAUAGACAAAGAAUUCAGAAAUUGGUAUUAGCAGGAAGAAUGGGAGAAGCCAUUGAAACAACACAACAGUUAUACCCAAGUUUACUUGAAAGAAAUCCUAAUCUUCUUUUCACAUUAAAAGUGCGUCAGUUUAUAGAAAUGGUGAAUGGUACAGAUAGUGAAGUACGAUGUUUGGGAGGCCGAAGUCCAAAAUCUCAAGACAGUUAUCCUGUUAGUCCUCGACCUUUUAGUAGUCCAAGUAUGAGCCCCAGCCAUGGAAUGAAUAUCCACAAUUUAGCAUCAGGCAAAGGAAGUACUGCACAUUUUUCUGGUUUUGAAAGUUGUAGUAAUGGUGUAAUAUCAAAUAAAGCACAUCAAUCAUAUUGCCAUAGUAAACACCAGUCAUCCAAUUUGAAUGUACCAGAAUUGAACAGUAUAAAUAUGUCAAGAUCACAGCAAGUUAAUAACUUCACCAGUAAUGAUGUAGACAUGGAAACAGAUCACUACUCCAAUGGAGUUGGAGAAACUUCAUCCAAUGGUUUCCUAAAUGGUAGCUCUAAACAUGACCACGAAAUGGAAGAUUGUGACACCGAAAUGGAAGUUGAUUCAAGUCAGUUAAGACGCCAGUUGUGUGGAGGAAGUCAAGCCGCAAUAGAAAGAAUGAUUCACUUUGGAAGAGAACUACAAGCUAUGAGUGAACAGCUGAGGAGAGAAUGUGGCAAAAACACAGCAAACAAAAAAAUGUUGAAGGAUGCAUUCAGUUUACUAGCUUAUUCAGACCCUUGGAACAGCCCAGUUGGAAAUCAGCUUGACCCAAUUCAGAGAGAACCUGUGUGCUCAGCUCUUAACAGUGCAAUAUUAGAAACCCACAAUCUGCCAAAGCAACCUCCACUUGCCCUAGCAAUGGGACAGGCCACACAAUGUCUAGGACUGAUGGCUCGAUCAGGAAUUGGAUCCUGUGCAUUUGCCACAGUGGAAGACUACCUACAUUAGCUAUGCAUUUAAGGAGCUCACACUUAUAUUGUGGCAUAUAGUCAACAUGGAAGUAGACCAGCUCUGCUGAUUUGAAAUUUAGAUUUUUUUAAUUAUGUACUGGGGACAGGUUUUUGUCGCUUUACAUUGCUUCCUAGUUUACAGCAUGAUGCAAAUGAUUUUCUAACUUAGUGUUAGGAGAAAUUAUUUUCCAUCUUUAACCUCUUAGUUGUCUAAGAGUUAAAUAUUACUGAAUCUCAGACGUUCAAAUUGAUCAUCACAAAUCCUUUAAAACAAUUACCUAAAAGAAACCAAAAAAUCCUGCCUUCUUUGUUGGGGGGAGAGGGGGGAAGGAAAUGGAACAAGUUGUGUUGUGUUAGCAUGUGGGUGAUGUAAACUUCAAAUUGGGCGAUGUUCCGACCCCCACUCCCAUAUAAGCAUUCAAUCAGUGUAACUUGCAAAAUGCAUAAACAUCCGACAGUUUGAAUUUAUAGUGUUGAUGGAAGAAAUCAUUUUUAAUGUGUACUGUAAAACUUGAAAUACUCAGGAGCUGAGUGAAGACGUUUGUUGCUACUUACAAUCCCAACCUGUUAGUCCCAGUAGUUUUGUUUUAACAUGGUCUUUUCAAAUUUGUUUCCUGUUUAACUACCAACGACUUCUGUUGUAGGCUCACAAGUUUAACUGUUGUAUUAUAACAGUAUUACAUGUCAACGGUGUGGUUAUGACCUUUAUUUAUAUAAAAACCAAAUAUUUAGUCAAUUUACCGUGUCUUAAUUUAAUCUUUGUACACCUUCCAUUUUUAAGUGCUUAAAUGAGUACUAUAUUGCAAUAAAAAUGUAGUGAUAUAAUUAACCAGCCAUUAAAAAUUUACUUCUACAGAUAUUAGUGUCAACUGAGUUUAUAUAUUAGGUACUUGCAUACUUAAUGAUUAAAUAUAAAAUUAGAAAAUUAAAAUGAGUGAUUUUUACUAUAAAUCUGAGUUCUACAACCUAAGACUGCCUUCAGUUUACUGGCUUCUCUGUAUUAGGGUCAAAUAUGAUAUUGUGAGUGACAGAAAAGGGGAAAUGAAUCUCCUUAUUUUCAUACCCAGAGUAAAGCAUGUCACUUGCUAGUAAAGCAAACCCCCAAACUAAUUAAAAUUUAAGCUUUUCAACAGUA